AUGCCUCGAAUCUCCUUGUUGCGCGUCCUCCUCCUCCCGCCUGCAUGUUGGCUGGCCCUGGUGCUGCUGUGGGUGGUACUCCCGGCGCCGCCGGUGCCAUGGAACGAUGAAGCGUCGGAAUACCUUUGGCAAGGGGGUACGGUGACGAGGGUAUACAAGUUCGCCGAUUUCUUCCCCUGGAGCGAUCCUCUCCCUGCGGUCCAAGACGCGCGUGGCACCGGCCGCACCGCCUUUGCGGUCGACUAUACCUACUGUUGGCGGACGGGCGAGUUGACGAUCAGUGGCGGCACAGGGGCAUGGGCUUCGACUUCGACUUCGAUCUUGGGGUCGGGAGCAGAAGCCGGAGCAGAAACCGGAGAAGAAACAGAAGCACGAACACCAGCACGGUCAGGAUCAGAACCACAAUCACACGCACACGCAUACACACAUACGCCCUAUGCAAAUACCUAUAAUAUCUCGGCGCUCCUGCACUCUCCCAGCCUGCCGUACACGGCGGCUCCUUUCAUUCUGCGCGCCAAGGCCGGUGAUCAAGACGGCAUGAAUCUGCCCUCGUUCCCCGAGGCCGAUGCGACCUUGUUGUUCUGGGAGGUCCAUGGCGAUGUGGCGGAGCUUCCGCUGAGAGUCCGGGUGGUGAACGAGAGCACGGUGCAGAUAUGGCCGGAUUCCAAGUUUUGGGACGCAGACCGAGCCAAAGGCGUACGAAACCGCGCCGAAACCCCAUCGGCCUUCCCGCCCUUGUUAUCCAUCACUUUCAACACGACCCGGACCAAGACCGGCGACAAGGCCAAGAGCGUCACCACCGUCGACACCUUUGUCCCGUUCCACGUGCAGUUCCCCAGGUCUGCAUCCACGGCUGAAUCCGAGGUCGAAUCCGAGGUCGAGGUCUACUCCAAGCUAGAGCCCACCUCCUCCUCGCCCUCGCGCACCUUUGUCGUCCGCCGCACCAUCAGCGCGCUCGUCGUGCCGGUUGGCCUCUUCGUCAUCGACCAUGUCUUCGCGCACAUCUGGUUCCCUGUCGAGAUUGGGUUCCGCAUCGCGCACGUGCUGUUUUUCCUGCUGGCCGUCUAUGUGGCCGUGGUCUUUGUGUGUUGGAAGGCCCAAGGGUCGCCGCCGUACUGGCGCUUCACGCGGACGUUCUGGCUGACCAGGCCGGUGACUGCGUAUUUGGGCCCAAGGUUAGCUUCUCGGGACAACGAGAACGACGACGACGAGUUGUUUGAUGGGACUUCACGCGGUGAAAAGAGGGGGUAUAAAUCUAAUUUGGACGACGACACGUUUUCGCUCCAAAGGCCAAGGUCAAGGACAAGUUCUGGCCCCAAGCCACUGACGAGCUUCAGGGCCUUUUUCUCCAGUCGAUCGCCCCUGGACGACCUAUUUGUCACGUUUGACUCGACCCGAGGCUUUGUGCGGCCGUUGGAGAUCCCGGCCCGGUUCUGGUUCUGGAGGCCGAGGGAGAGGCAAAGGGAAGAAGAGCGUGCCGACGGGGACAGGAAAGUAGACGGUGAUGAGGACGGCGAUGAAGAGAGCCGUGUUGGUGGUGUCUACGUCCCUGCUGAACCUCAUUAUCAUCAUCAUCAACAACAGCUUCAGCGCCAGCGCCAGCACCAGCACCAAGGCCAAGGUAGCGAAUUUCAGGCCGGCCCUGACUUUGACCUCGACACCCCCGGUUUCGACUCUCCUGAACAGGGAGAGAAUGCGAAUGCGAAUGGGAAGUCAUGA